CCUUGGCGCUGGCGGGCGCGGGAGUCGCGGGCUGAGCGCCCCGGGCUCGGCUCGUGACGCAGAGCGCGCUGCGGGCGACGCGGACCGCGCGCGCGGGACGCACGCUCGGCGAGACAGGCGGGCGGCCCCGCGGGGCCAGCUGGCGCUCCUGCGCAGCGGCGCGGGUGACGCGGGGACACGGGCCGGCUCCGAGCAGCAGCCCUCCAUGGUGUGUUUCCAGAACCUUCAGCCUCACGAGCUGGAGUAAAGGCUGUCCUGAGGGAGGGAGGAGACCGUGGCAGCUGGAGUGGAGGCAGCCCUCACGAUGGAGCCCCCCACCCUGAGGAAAGCCGGCUCCAAGCAGGAGGAGGCCUUUGGGGUGCAGCCCCGGAGGGUCGCUGACCUGGGCACGGUCCCCAGUCUCCGGCGCAGCAACAGCAGCCUGCGCAAGGUCAGGAGGUCUCAGAACCUCUUUGGCAACAGUGAGAAGCAAGAAAAUCUCAGUUCGUGGAUCCCCGACAAUAUCAAGAAGAAGGAGUGCAUGUACUUUGUGGAGAGCUCCAAGCUGUCUGACGCUGGGAAGGUGGUGUGUGAGUGCGGCUACACACGCCAGCAGCACUUGGAGGAGGCUACCAGGCCCCACGCUUGGCAGGGCAAGGAUUGGGACCCAAAAAAGCAUGUCCAGGAGAUGCCAACGGACGCCUUUGGUGACAUCGUUUUCACAGGCCUGGGCCAGAAGGUGGGGAAGUACGUUCGCCUGUCCCAGGACACACCCCCCAGCGUGAUCUACCACCUGAUGACCCAGUAUUGGGGCCUGGACGUCCCCAACCUCCUCAUCUCGGUGACAGGCGGGGCCAAGGACUUCAACAUGAAGCCCAGGCUGAAGAGUGUCUUCCGAAGAGGCCUGGUCAAGGUGGCCCAGACCACAGGGGCCUGGAUCAUCACAGGCGGCUCCCACACGGGUGUGAUGAAACAGGUGGGCGAGGCGGUGCGUGACUUCACGCUGAGCAGCAGCCACAACGAAGGAGAAGUCGUCACCGUCGGAGUGGCCACGUGGGGCACCGUGCACAACCGUGAAGACCUGAUCCACCCCUCGGGCGGCUUUCCUGCCGAGUACGUCAUGGACGAGGAAGGCCAAGGGCACCUGACCUGCCUGGACAGUAACCACUCCCACUUCAUCCUUGUGGACGACGGGACCCACGGCCGCUACGGGGUCGAGAUUCCCCUGAGGACGAGGCUGGAGAAGUUCAUAUCAGAGCAGACAAAGGAAAGAGGAGGAGUGGCCAUCAAGAUCCCCAUAGUCUGUGUGGUGCUGGAGGGGGGACCCGGCACACUGCACACCAUCUAUAACGCCAUCACCAACGGCACCCCCUGCGUGGUGGUGGAGGGCUCGGGCCGCGUGGCCGACGUCAUUGCCCAGGUGGCCGGCCUGCCCAUAUCUGAGAUCACCAUCUCCCGGAUCCAGCAGAAGCUGAGUGUGUUCUUCCAGGAGGUGUUUGAGACCCUCACUGAGAGCAGGAUUGCGGAAUGGACCAAGAAGAUCCAAGACAUUGUGCGGAGGCGGCAGCUGCUGACCAUCUUCCGGGAAGGCAAGGAUGGCCAGCAGGACGUGGACGUGGCCAUCCUGCAGGCCUUGCUGAAAGCCUCUCGGAGCCAUGACCACUUUGGCCACGAGAACUGGGACCACCAGCUGAAGUUAGCGGUGGCGUGGAACCGCGUGGACAUCGCCCGGAGCGAGAUCUUCACCGACGAGCGGCAGUGGAAGCCUUCAGAGCUGCACCCCGUGAUGACGGCCGCCCUCAUCUCCAACAAGCCCGAAUUCGUGAAGCUCUUCCUGGAGAACGGGGUGCGGCUGAAGGAGUUCGUCACGUGGGACACCCUGCUGUACCUGUACCAGAACCUGGACCCCUCCUGCCCGUUCCACAGCAAGCUUCAGAAGGUGCUGGCCGAGGAGCCGGAGCGGCCGGUCUCCGCGCCCCCCGCCCCCCGUGUGCAGAUGCACCACGUGGCUCAGGUGCUCCGGGAGCUGCUGGGGGACUUCACGCAGCCGCUGUACCCCCGGCCCCGGACCGGCGACCGGCCGCGGCUCCUGCUUCCCGUGCCGAACAUCAAGCUAAACGUGCAGGGAGUGAGUCUCCGGUCCCUCUACAAGCGUUCACCAGGCCACGUGGCCUUCACCAUGGACCCAGUCCGUGAUCUUCUCAUUUGGGCCAUCAUCCAGAACCGUCGGGAGCUGGCAGAAAUCAUCUGGGCACAGAGCCAGGACUGCAUUGCCGCGGCCUUGGCCUGCAGCAAGAUCCUGAAGGAGCUGUCCAAGGAGGAGGAGGACACGGACAGCUUGGAGGAGAUGCUGGCGCUCGCUGACGAGUAUGAACACAGAGCCAUCGGGGUGUUCACCGAGUGCCACCGGAAGGACGAGGACCGAGCUCAGAAGCUGCUCACCCGCGUGUCGGAGGCCUGGGGCAAGACCACCUGCCUGCAGCUAGCCCUGGAGGCCAAGGACAUGAAGUUCGUGUCUCACGGAGGCGUCCAGGCCUUUCUAACCAAGGUGUGGUGGGGCCAGCUCUGCGUGGACAACGGGCUCUGGCGGGUGAUCGCGUGUAUGCUGGCCUUCCCAUUGCUCUAUACCGGCCUCAUCUCCUUCAGGGAGAGGAGGCUGCAGGCCGGGCCAGGUCUGCCCCGGGUCCGAGCCUUCUUCAAUGCCCCCGUGGUCAUCUUCCACCUCAACAUCCUGUCCUACUUUGCCUUCCUCUGCCUGUUCGCCUACGUGCUCAUGGUGGACUUCCAGCCCACACCCUCGUGCUGCGAGUACCUCAUUUACUUCUGGCUCUUCUCCCUUGUGUGCGAGGAGCUGCGGCAGCUCUUCUAUGACCCUGACGAGUUCGGGCUGAUGAAGAUGGCCCUCCUGUACUUCAGUGACUUCUGGAAUAAACUGGACAUCGGUGCCAUCUUGCUGUUCAUAGCAGGACUGACCUGCAGGCUCAUACCAGCAUUGCUGUACCCCGGGCGCAUCAUCCUCUCUCUGGACUUCAUCAUGUUCUGCCUCCGGCUGAUGCACAUUUUCACCAUCAGUAAGACACUGGGGCCCAAGAUCAUCAUCGUGAAGCGGAUGAUGAAGGACGUCUUCUUCUUCCUCUUCCUGUUGGCGGUGUGGGUGGUGUCUUUCGGGGUGGCCAAGCAGGCCAUCCUCAUCCACAACGAGAGCCGGGUGGACUGGAUCUUCCGGGGGGUCGUCUACCAGUCGUACCUCACCAUCUUCGGCCAGAUGCCGGCCUAUAUCGACGGUGUGAACUUCAGCCUGGACCAGUGCAGCCCCAACGGCACAGAUCCCUACAAGCCCAAAUGCCCGGAGAGCGAUGCCGUCCGGCACGAGCCUGCCUUCCCCGAGUGGCUGACGGUCAUCCUGCUCUGCCUGUACCUGCUCUUCACCAACAUCCUGCUGCUGAACCUCCUCAUCGCCAUGUUCAACUACACAUUCCAGCAGGUCCAGGAGCACACGGACCAGAUCUGGAAGUUCCAGCGUCACGACCUGAUAGAGGAGUACCAGGGCAGGCCCCCCGCGCCGCCCCCCUUCAUCCUCCUCAGCCACCUGCAUCUCUUCAUCAAGAGGGUGGUCCUGAAGAUCCCCGCCAGGCGGCGCAAGCAGCUCAAGAGCAAGCUGGAGAAGAACGAGGAGGCCGCCCUUCUGUCCUGGGAGAUCUACCUGAAAGAGAGCUACCUGCAGAACCAGCAGUACCAGCAGAAGCAGAGGCCGGAGCAGAAGAUUCAAGACAUUGGCAAUAAGGUCAGCACCAUGGUGGACCUGCUGGAAAUGGAAAGUCUGAAGCGCUCAGGCUCCAUGGAGCAGAGACUGGCCUCCCUGGAGGAGCAGGUGGCCCAGACGUCCAGAGCGCUGCACUGGGUCAUGAAGGCCCUGAGGGACGGUGGCUUCGGCUCAGAGGAGGGCAUCCCCGCCCCGGCACCCCAGAAGGCCUCAGAGGGGCAGGACCUCGAGCCGGACGGCAGACAGGAGGAGGAGGACGUGGGCGACACCCACCACGUGAACGCCCGGCACCUCCUGUACCCCAACUCCCACGUCACCCGUUUCCCCGUGCCCAACGAGAAGGUGCCCUGGGAGACGGCGUUUCUCAUCUACGACCCGCCCUUUUACACAGACGACAGGAAGGACAGGGGCUUGGUGGACCCCAUGGGAAACGCCCUGGAGCCUCUGUCUGGGAUCAGCUACAACGCCGUGGACGGACCCAUAGACCGGCGGAGCUUCCACGGGGUCUACGUGGUUCAGGACGGGCUCCCUCUGAACCCCAUGGGCCGCACAGGACUGCGUGGACGUGGAAGCCUCGGUUGCUUUGGACCCAACCACACGCUACAGCCUGUGAUCACCCGGUGGAGGCGGAACCAGGAUGGAGCCAUCUGCAGGAAAAGCAUAAAGAAAAUGCUCGAAGUGCUGGUCGUAAAGCACUCUCUCUCAGAACACUGGGCCUUGCCAGGGGGCUCCCGGGAACCAGGAGAGAUACUGCCCCGGAAGCUGAAGCAGGUCCUCCGUAGAGAGUUCUGGUCUUCCUUCCAGAACUUGCUGACGCAGGGCACAGAGGACAGUCGAGGCGGGUGUGGAUGCCGAGCCAGAGACCAGGAGGGAGCUGAGGGAGGCGCGGACCCCGCGGUAUACAGAGGGUACGUGGACGACCCGAGAAACACGGACAACGCCUGGAUUGAGACCGUGGCCAUCAGCAUCCACUUCUCAGACCAGAGCGACAUGGACCUGAAGAGGCUGAACUCUCACCUGCAUGCCUGUGACCCCGGGAUGUCCGUCCGAUGGCAGGUCGUGGACAGGCGCAUCCCGCUGUAUGCCAACCACAAGACCAUCCUCCAGAAGGUGGCCACUCUGUAUGGGGCUUUCUACUGACCCGUGGACUCUGGCCGGGCCCCGAUGCCCGGGGCGGGUGAGGCGGGGCUACCCACAGCCCCCUUGGAAGCUCGGCUGCCAGGGACUCAGGCCGAGGCCGGCCACCCAAGGCACGGGCCGCCCUGGGCCUCGGAUGGGCAAGGGGCUGCUGCUGGGACACCUCGCGGUGUGGUCUGGGAAUCUGCUGCUUCUCACAGCCACCUCGAGUCACUGAGCAGACGAGCCUGUGAAUUGGAGGGCGUCAGGGCGCCCUGGGAGGAGAGCCGAGGCAGGGCACGGGCCGGCUCUGGUCACACGGCCAUUCCUCACGGCUGGCGUGGCUCCUGGGAUCCCGCCAGCCAUGGCUGCCCCUGGCGGCCUCAGCCCUCAGCCCAACUGACUCCCUCCUGGUCACGUCGUGAGCAGCUCGCCCACCACCAGAUGUGCAUUGGCCCAAGGCCCGCAUUUCCUGCACAGUUGGGACUGUGGCCUUGUCCUGGAGCCCACACCCCAGAGGUGGCACCCACCGUGACUUCACUCGGACCCUCACCUGCCCUGGGGUGGGGCCCCGUGGGAGCCUCAGUUCACGGCCCUGGCCUCUCAGGGCUGAGCCCCUUUGAGGGUCAAGAGCCAGGCGAGCACACGCCUUUUCUGGGGGUCAAAGUGUGUCUGCCUCUGUGCUGUCCUGGGGAUCCGGGCAGGGGCUCUCCACGCACAGCACUCCCUGUGAGCCCAGGGCGGGGCAGGCGGUGGGCCUAGAUGGUGGGGGGGCCGCUCUGCUCAGUGUCCAUGACUCUCAAGCCAUCAGCAUAAACCGCCAGCAGUCAUCAGGGCCAGGAUAUCGUAAAACCCAACAUUAAAUCUGUUGCCUGUACCAGCCCGGCCAGCCUCUCUGUGUUCCCUACAGACAAAGUUACAGACAUGGGCAGUGGUCAGGGGGCUGUGUCUGGGCCACUGAGACCUCUUCCGGCCCGCGGCCCAGCUGCCUGUGGCCCGAGGGCGUCUCCUGUGGCCAUCUCCCCCCGGGUUCCUCCCCUUGGACACCCUGCAGGCUCCUCGGGCCCAGGCCGGUCCACCCCCACCGGCCCCCCGUUUUUCAUUCUCCUGGACCCGCCUCCAGCAUGGCCCCCGGUGCCCAGGCUGGGACUUGGCAAGGCCACGCCCUGUCCGUGGCUGCCCACGCCCAGGUGUGGGGGGGCCUUGGUUUUUUUAUCUAGACUCCCAACUAGCAUCCGACUGGCAGCACCGAAUAAAAACAUUUUAGAAUGGAAA